AUGUCGUACAAGCAGAUACUCUAUAACACCACCCCGGCCCCGGCCAUCGACCCCUCCCUCUCCGGCAAGGGCACCUUCCGCGUCAAUACCGUUCCCCGGCCCAGCAAUGUGCCCGCCGACAAGCUACUCGUGCGUGUGCACUACCUAUCCCUCGACCCGGCUAUGCGCCAAUGGCUCACAGCCAAGCGUUCCUACAUUGCACCCGUCGAGCUCGGCGCCGUCAUGCGCGGACAAAGCAUCGCUCAGGUCGUCGCUGUGGGCAGUGACCUCGGCUCGAAGUUCAAGACCGGCGAUUGGGUCGUCGCAUACUCUGGGUGGCAGGAGUAUGCCGUGUUGGGAGCCAAGGAGGUGGAGAAGGUGGCUAUUCCAGCCGGUGGUCGCCCCACAGAUGCCAUGUCCGUGCUGGGCGUGACUGGCUUGACGGCAUACUUUGGAAUGACCGAGGUCGGUCAGCUCCGCCCAGGCGAUACGGUGGUGGUUUCCGGUGCUGCGGGUGCAACGGGUAUGGUUGCUGGUCAGAUUGCGAAGAUCAAGGGAGCCAAGCGUGUCGUUGGCCUGGCUGGUAGCCCGGACAAGUGCGAGUUCCUGGUGAAGGAGCUUGGGUUCGACGCUGCGAUCAACUACAAGGAUCCCAACUGGCGCAAGCAGCUCAAGGAGGCUACUCCUGAGUAUAUCGAUGUCUUCUUUGACAACACCGGUGGCGAGAUCCUUGAUGCUUGUUUGGCUCGCGCUGCGCGUGACGCGCGCUUCGCUAUUUGCGGUGCUAUCAGUCAAUACAACUCUGCCAAGCCGCAGGGCCCUACUAACUUCAUGAACGUCAUUUCGCACCGAAUUACCAUGAAGGGCUUCAUUGUCUUCGACUUUGCCAAGAAGUACCCGGCUGCGUUGCAGGAGCUGGCCUCCUGGCUAUCGCAGGGUAAGCUCAAGCGCAAGGAGCACAUCGUGCCUGGCGGAUUGGAGGGCGCACCAAAGGCCCUUGUGGACCUUUAUGCGGGUGUGAACACCGGUAAAAUGAUGGUCGAGGUUGCGCCCAUUAGUGAGGCCGUGGGAGCCAAGGCAAAGCUAUAG